AUGGUUUACUUUUUCUCCCCGGGGCUCAGAGCCAGCAACUCGGGGAGUACCAGACUUGGGGAGUACCAGGCUGAGGCCAUCACUCUUCGCCACCGCCUUUGCCCCGCCCCGUUCUCGCGCCCCCCCCCCCCUGCCCAGACCCCAGACCCCAGACCCCGACCCCAACCCAAGCCGAGCAGAGGCCGGGCUAGGGGGCACCGCGCAGGGUCGGGAGUGGCGCUGCCCGCCCACGCCCGCUUUCCCCGCUCCUCGCUGCCGGUCCCGGGAGGGGCCCUGCAGGCCAGCAGAGGCGCGGUGCCCCACUGCGUGGGGCCUCCUGGCCUGGCGGGGUCUCAGCCGGGCUCGGCACCACCGCACCGCGCGGCGGCUUCCUCCCGCCUGCGACCCUGGCCGCCUCUGCCCCGGCCCUCAGCUCUCUCGCUCUCGUUCCUGGGGCCGGCGGCCAGUAACUUGGUGAGAAGAGGGCUGCAGACGGUCGCUGAAGGGAAAGACAAACACGCAGGUCUCCGCAAAGCCUUCCAGACCCUGCGCGGCGCCCCCACGCGCGUCUCAGGCCGCCGCCGGGAAACCCUAGUCUGCGGGAGCGCUCGGCGGCGGCGGCCCCUGAGGAGGUCGGGGGACUCGGAGCUCCCGGGCCGCGGCCCGGUCGUCCUCUCGGCCUGCCGCGCCCUGACUUCGGACUGUGCGAAGCGGCGGGGGAGACGGCUCCCGGGACCCGCGCUGCGCCUGCCGCGCCCGCCACACCAAGCCGGGAGACCGCCAUCAGCCUCCGUUCCGGACCUUCCUGGACUUUGUGAGGAACGCUCGGCUUUACAGACUGCGCGGCCUGCGUCAGAACUGGCUGCGCUCGAAAGCACCACCUACUGCUUCACAGCCGUGACCUUUGUUUGGUCCUUUGAGCGCGGGACAGAAAAAGAGAGAAAACAGAAAAAGAGAGAAGGAAGGGCGGAGGGAAGGAAGGAAAGGAAGGAAGGAAGGAAGGAAGGAAGGAAAGAAAGAAAGAAAGAAAGAAAGAAAGAAAGAAAGAAAGAAAGAAAGAAAGAAAGAGAAAAAAGAAAGAAAAGAAGCCUUUAAUUGCGGGGGACGAGAGGGCUGCCAAAGAGAGAUCUCGGAAGGAGAGGCAAGGACCGUCCGAUUUAGGGACCUAACCCGAGGUUUUCAGGUAAGACCUCUUUUGGGUUGUGAAAAAAAAAAAAAAAUCCCCUUUCAUUGACAAUGACAACUCCCACUACUUUGGGUUCUUUGAAAAAUCCUGUUUGCUUACUGCCAAAAUUCCCUUGUCUUUGGCUAUUAAAGUUUCACUUAAUUGAUUCAA